AUGGUUGAUGGUUGGUCAUUUCAAGUGCUGCCAAUCCGCGCGCGCGCACCCGACGGCUUGCUGUUGUAUCGACCAUUUGCUAUAGAGGGGCAGGAAGGGAAGCCAGACGCUGAUGACAAGCAUUACUUGGUGCUACGGCUGGUUGAUGGCGAUUUAGAAGUGAAAGCAGCUGCUGGGAAGGCAGAACUGAAGCUGCGGACUAACGGAACGAGGUUCGACGAUGGACGCCUGUACUCUGUACGACUCAUCCGAGCUCACAAACAGCUAGAGCUGUGGGUAGACGAAGAGAAGGUGGCGGGAGGUACCCUGGCCGGCAACGCCUACCCUGCGCGCGCACGCGGCUUGUUUAUUGGCGGCGCGGGGGAAGAGGGGGCGGAGGUACCGGACUUCGCGGCUCCAGGAUUUACGGGGACCGUGGCUGACUUUAUUGUGGAUGCACAGCUGGUAGGCUUCGAGUCGGCGGUGAACUGGUCGUCGGCGAGGUUAGGCCGCGCGCACGCGCCGCCGCCCGCGCGCCCCGCGCCCCGCGCGCUGCAGGCCGCGCCCGGCGCCGCCGACGCGGGCUGCACCAAGACGUCAUCAUACACGGUAGAAGCGGGUGCGGUAAAGUUCGGCGACGCGCGCUGGAGUCACGCGGCCGUGCGUCUGCCGCCGAAGGCUAAGGAGCUCGUCAUCACGCUGCAAUUGCGCACAUUUAGGCCUGAAGGAUUACUAUUGUUAUUGCCGGGCUCCAAAGCGAAACCAAAGCACUACUUGGCGCUGAUGAUCCGCGAGGGCAAGCUGCGACUCGUGGCGCGCGGCCGCCGCCGCCGGGAGCUCACGCUCGAUGCAUACGUCGCUGACGGCACUUGGACACCCGUGACAGUGCGCGUGUCUCGCUCGCGGCUGUCUCUGUCGUCGGGCAGCGCGGCCGCCACCGCGCACGCGCCCGCCCUGGCGCGCGCGCACCGCCUGCUCGUGGGCGGGCUGAGCGCGCCGCCCGCGCCGCACACGCUGCCCAACUCGAUCGUGCGCGCGGGCGGGCUGGUGGGCUGCGUGCGGCGCGUGGCGGUCAACGGGCGCGCCGAGGACCUGGCGCGCGCGCAGCACGCCGGCGGGCAGUGCUUCCCCAACAUAGAGCAGGCUGCUUACUUCGCUGGCGACGCGUACGCAACAUGGGCGGAAGCGUGGACACCGGGCGAGGGCGCGGAGGCGGCGGAGCUGCGGCUUCAGUUCCGCACCGGCUCGCCCGGCGGCGUGCUGCUGGCGGCGCGCGGCCUGCUGCUCGAGCUCGAGGAGGGCGCCGUGGUGCUGACGCGCUACUCAGCGGGCGGGGCAGAGCGCGGACGCGUAGAAGCGCGCGGCGCGGGCGGGCGCGCGCUGUGCGACGGCGCCUGGCACGUGCUCAGCGCGCGCGCCGCCUCCCUGUCCAUCGACGCGGGGCCCGAGCUUAGGGCGGCGCCCUCGUCGUUACAUGACGCAGGGGACCCGCCCUCUGCGCCCGCGCCGCUGUACAUAGGAGGCUUGCCAGAGGGCACGACGGACUGGGCGGACGGCGGGCGCGAGAACUUCAAGGGCUGCAUCCGUGACGUCACCAUCGGCGCGCACAAGCGCGACUGGCGCGACAUGCACGCGCUACGAGGCGUGCUGCUCGACUCCUGUCCUAUAGCUCAGUGAUAAUGACAUCGGCUAUUAUCCACACUGACUCUCAGGCUGAUUUUAGGCCUCAGGCUCGAAUUUAGCAGGCAGCGGGGCGGCGGCGGUAGCGGCAGGAUCUUAUGCGUAAAAUCAAAUAG